AUGCAAGGAAGGAAUAAAAGAGGACCUAGCAAUGAACAUCUGGUUCACCACAGGGAUCGAAAUGCCAAGCGUGGAAGAACAGAAUUGAGAACAAUCACUAGAACUGCUAGGAGACCAAAUAGGGACCUUAAGAAACAAAGCUAUGCGGAUAAUAAUGUCGAUAACGGCGAUGUCUCCAAAGACCAAAUUGACAGUGAGGAAGAAGAAGAGUCUGAAGAGGGUGAUGACAGUGGAAAAGCGUACUCUGCGUUGUUGACGCUAUUAAAAUCAAACAAGAAGGAUAAAGCACAUUCAGAUAAGAUAGACACCGAAGCACAAGAAGAGCCGGAACAAGCCCCCGUUGCCGAAGAUGAUGAGGAUGAGCUUGUUGGUGAAAAUUUUGAUGAGGAUAACGAAGAAUCGGAAAAUGAAUCGGAAAAUGACGUGGACGAUUCACCAGCAGAAUUGGCAAUUGACCCCUUUGAAGUACAUUUUAAUCAACCGAGUGAUGAGUAUUUGGAAAAGGAGGAGAAGUUGGUGUUGAAGGAACACAACAAAUGGGUUACACUGUCAAAAGUGAUUUAUGACGACUUGUCAUUGACUUCGAUGACCUUGACACCCCCUGGAGAAGGUAUAGCUUAUGUGACUACCAAGAAAGACCCUACUAACAUCAAAGAUUUCAAGUCGUUGAAAAUGAGGGUCUUGGAUGCUUAUUUGAAUGAGUUUGGCGAGGCCGUUUCGAAAUUGGACUCAGUACUACUUCAACCAAUACUAAACUAUGAAGAUGUCAAUUAUCAAUAUAAAUCGUACAUAAAUAAAUCAUACCGAAAGCUAUAUGCCUUGCACGCAUUAAAUCACAUAUACAAGACUAGAGACAGGAUUAUCAAAAACUCGGCUAAAUUGCAUCAAGCAGCGGAGAGUAACCAGGAUUUGGAAUUGAGAGAUCAGGGUUUCACUCGUCCAAAAGUAUUGAUCCUUUUACCAUCGAGGGAAGCGUGUCAUACGCUAGUUGAAUUGUUGAUCCAAUUAUCAGGUACUACGCAACAAGAGAAUAAAAAAAGAUUCACCACCCAAUUUCAUGCUAAAGAUGCUCCUAGAAGCAAUAAACCUCAAGAUUUUCAAGACGCAUUCAAGGGAAACAACAACGAUUAUUUCUGCAUUGGGUUAAAGUUGACUCGUAAGUCAUUGAAAUUGUACUCAUCCUUCUAUUCUUCUGAUCUCAUCAUUGCAUCUCCGCUUGGAUUGUCAAUGAUUUUGGAAAACCCUGAUAAGAAGAAGCGUCAAUACGAUUUCAUUUCAUCCAUCGAAGUGCUUAUCGUUGACAGGGCGAACCAAAUCGAAAUGCAAAAUUGGGACCAUGUAAACACCAUCAUGAAAUACAUCAACAAAGUUCCAAAAGAUUUUCAUGACGCAGAUUUCAGCAGAAUUAGAAUGUGGAGCAUCAAUGAUCAAGCCAAAUUGUUGAGACAAACAUUGGUGUUUUGUGAGUACUUGACGCCAUCGAUAAAUAACUUAGUUUUAUCAAAGUCGUUUAACCUACUGGGUAAGACUAAAUUCAAACCAGUCAUUACAUCAGAUACCAGUAUUAUGAACUCCAUUGGUAUCAAGAUUAAGCAAAUUUUUCAACGAUUUCCCAGUGAAUCUCCGGCAACUGACCCUGACACUAGAUUUAAUUUCUUUAUCAAUUCAAUACUCCCCAAUUUAUUGAAAACAACGUCCUAUGAUGAUGGUAUAAUGAUUUACAUACCAUCCUAUUUCGACUACCUUCGUGUUAAGGAUUACUUCAAAAGUUCGACAAAGUUUAAUUUUGGAGCCAUUGAUGAAUACAGCUCACAGUCCAAAUUGACAAGAACCAGACACGAGUUUGCCACUGGCAAAAUCAAAGUUUUAUUGUACACAGAAAGAUUACAUUAUUUCCGAAGAUACGAAAUUAGUGGAGCUAAAAACAUCAUCAUGUAUGCACCACCAACAAAUCCUAUUUUCUAUAAAGAAUUGAUUCGAUUCAUUGCUAAAUCAAUUUUCAAAGAUGAAUGCGAUUUGAAUUUAGUCACUGUGAAAAUCCUUUAUUCGAAAUGGGAUGCAACUGCUUUGGAUAGAAUCGUUGGUAAUGAGCGUGCACCAAUUCUUUGUCAUUCUAGAAAUGAAAUGUAUGAAUUUAGGUAG